CACCACCCGUCACCGUGACCCGGAAAGAGAAAAACAGCAGUCUCAGUUGUUCCCAGAUAUGUGUAGAGGGCUUUAACGUUGCCGGUGUGCACAUGCGCGUGUUGGUUUAUUACGAAGAUUACAUUAUCACAAGUUGGAUGUAACAAAACCUUACGGAUAUAUAUUUUUUUAAUUUAUUAAUAGGGGAGGCUUGUGUUGCUCUUACGGAUAUUUACGCCGUUGGCAGACUCGAAGGGGUUAAUCGGACAGCCGCUGACGUUGUUACCACCACCCUCGCUGUUGCUGUAGACGACUUGGUAAUGUUGUACGGUGAAUGGAUUAGACGAUUAUUUAAUCAACAUUGCUUAGUGGACAACGAACUACUAUACAGAGUUAUCGAUUGUCGCGUGCAAGCGGACUGUAAGGCCAGGGAUUGUAUACUAUAGACUGCUCGACAUCGACCCUAUCGAUUGUAUGGGAUUUACCCCCCCUUCCCCCAUAGAUUAAAACAUAUAGGAUUCUAUUCAAGCUUAUUGACAGUCACUUCUGCUGGAGCUAAUAUUUACAAGGCUACUGUCAAGAUGAUGCAGAUGUUCUUCCAGUUCUCGGACAAAGUCACGCUCCUCUUUGAAUUCUGGCAAACGCAUGGCCCUGGUGGCCUGGUGGGAUCCUUGCUCAUUCUCAUCGUGGCUGCCAUCGGCUACGAGGCCCUCAAGGUUGCUCGGUGGCGCAUCGAUGUGGGAGAAGCCGCUCCCGGCGGCAGCCGCGGCGGCCCCAGCGGCUCGGGACCGCAGCCCGAGAGCGACGGUCAGAGCGCCCAGGUUCCGCAGGGCGCCUGCGACUCCAUGCAGGCCUGCUGCCCGGGCGCCACGGCCAACGGCAACGACGCGGAGGCCCUGCGCUUUCUCAAGCCGAUCGGCGGCGCGCAGAGGAGGCCGAUAAAGCGUCAACUUCUCCUGACGCUGCUGCACGUCGUGCAGGUGACGCUGGGCUACCUGCUCAUGCUCGCCGCCAUGACCUACAACGCGUGGGUCUUCCUCGCCGUCGUGUUGGGCGCGGGUCUCGGGUACCUGCUCGCUUACCCGUUCCUGCCGGCGUCGCUGCUGCUGCCGCUGCCGCCGUCAUCGUCGUCAUCGCCGUCGUCAUCGUCGCCGUCCUUCCCCGGCGCGACCGCGGAGGACUGAAGCGGCGUCGUCCCCCCAUCAGCGUGACCCGCGAUCGCAGCCGGCGUCAGAGUUCGCGCCGACGAUGGCGACGCUGCUGGAGGAGCCCCAGCUGCCGAGUAGUCGGCACUCGGAAGCGUGAACACGGGGCGAGGCUCCGCGCACGAUUCGAAAUUGCCGUCAUCGUCGGCCGGCAUCGUCGGCGCUUCCUGUUGUUUACGGAGUGCGGCAAACGUCGGUUGAGGGAGGGGGGGCGGUGGAGGGGGGCGUUCAAGAUCGAGAAGAUGGCACGGCGAUAAGUUGAUGCCGCCACCACCACCACCACACCACCACCGCCUCGCCAAAGCUUUCUACCGUCUUCAAGAUUCUGCAGCCGGUGCAUGACCUACGAAGUUUCCGCCCUCACCACAGCCCUCAACUCGCUGGUCCUCGCGGUAUCUGGACCACGCCGUGCGCACGCUGUUGGCUUUUGCGCGUACAUCGGAGAGGUGGCUUCAGUCGGCCCUUAGGAGGAGAGGCGCGACCAUGCCAUUGGAUCGCCAACAAGGGCACGAGACCUCACGACUCUUUUAACUUUUUUUUUUUCCUGUGGAGGCAAUUGUGGUCGACGCCGGGUGGGAUUGAUACGUGGCAGGAUCGCGAGAAACGGCGACGGCUUUGGGGUGGGCCUACAUCCAGCAGUGAAUUGAUCGCACCUGACGAUGACAACGAUUAUUAUUUGAAGUCAAUCGUUUAUGCCAACCAUCUCGGAGAUGCCAAAAAAAAAACUAAAAUUGUAAAAUACGAGGCGGGGUAAAUGUGAACGUCAACAUCAACCGUGAUCAAUACACUGCUGGAUGAAGCCCCCCCCCCCCCAAUCCCCCAGGCCAUCGUGCAAUGUACGAAAAUCUGUUCUUGCAUACCGUACAGACGUACACUUCCUGAAUUUUUGCUGCAUCCCUGCACAACAAAACUGUCCGGCUUUAAGGGUUGCCUUAUCGCGACAUUUAUUUCUGCGCAGUACACAUCCAGUUUGUACCCUCGCCCCCAAGUUCCUUACAACUCGACGAGAUUGUCGAACCCGACGGAAAUAGAUUAUCCGACACUCGAAAUGAUCGUCCCACGCACUGCAGGAGAUAUCCCUGUUUUGUAAUUGUUGUCAGUGUUAAUCAUUCUGGUGCAGUCUUACACCCCCUGCCAUCAGUGCCUCUCUCUCGACUGGACCGUGCGGAGGCACCUGCAGAUUUUAUUUUCACGGCGAUUGUUGCAACGUGGAAAAAUACCUAAUUGAAUUGUUUGACUGAUUUCUCUUCUUUUUUUUAAGUCUCUGUCCGGUGUACAAGUGUCGAGCUUGAAGGCGUGUAUAGAGUAGAACCCGCUCCUGUUCACGGCGGCGAUCGGUUCCACGAAACCGAUCGUUAAACGAUUUGGUCGUUAGGCGAGUCGAGAAAUUGGACGUUAAAAGGCUAAAUUCGUUUCAAAUAGCAUCCAGAGUUACCCCUUUUUCACCAAAAAAAACUUACUUUGUCAUAUUUAAACAAUGGAUAUUAAUACAUGAAGAUACUAGACACAUUAUGAACAUAAUAAAGGUUUUUUUGGUUUGAUCGCGUAAGUAUAAAUGUGUCGUAUCCCUCCACCACCCGGCACAGCCAAUUGGUAAGGGAGUUGUCGCUUAACUAUUUGGCGUUUUGUUUACAUUACAAAUCCCUUACUAGUUGGCUGUGUCGGGUGGUGGAGGGUCACGACACAUUUAUACUCGCGCGAUCUAACCCAAUACCUUUAUUAUGAAUAAUAUUGGUUGCGAAAGGCCUACGUGUUAAACUCACAUUCUAAACACAUACUAUUCAAUGCAUUAAUUCAUAUUUACUGUACUUACAACAGCCCCGUCGUUAACAGGGGAAUGGGCCAGUAAGCGAACACAUUGGGCUCUUCUUGGUUCUUUUGGUAAAGUCACGUAGAA